AUGAGGAAGCACCAAGUUGAUUCAGAAUUUGUUGCCAACAACUCGCACCGUGGUAGUACAGUAAGGGAAGGAAGAAGUGAAUCACUAGCAGAGUACUCUGUUUUCCCAUCAGUCAACUCAGAGUCCGGCAGUUUUAGUUUAAUAAGGAAUGGAACAAAUCCGGACUCCCCUAUUUCCAUUCCAUCAAUCUUUCCAGCCAUUAACACAGAUAGUGAAAAUGAUGGUAGUUCAGAAUCCAUCGAAACAUCUCCAAGAUUCUCUCAUAAUUCCAAUUCCAUAGUUUCAUUAUUUCCACCAGCCAGGUCUGCUACAGACAGUCCUGAAAAUUAUGAGAUAAUAAUUACAAGUUUUUCCAUUCCAUUAAUAUUCCCACCCACCAUUUCUGAAACUGAGACCAAUGAUAGUUGUUCAGAUUCUAACCAAUCACCUCGGGCACAAUUCUCUUAUUCGUCACUAUUCCCACCAGCCAGGUCGGAAACAGACAGCAAUAGCUCCAAAAAUGAUGAAAUAAUCCUUAGUCAAAUCUUGCCCACCCCAAACUUGAGGAUCUUCAGUUUUACAGAAUUAAAGGUUGCAACCAAGAAUUUUAGUCCUGAUACAGUACUUGGUGAGGGAGGAUUUGGGCAGGUUUUUAAGGGUUGGCUCAAGGAUAAGGGGCAAUCCAAGAGUGGAAAUAGGAUGGUAAUUGCUGUCAAAAAAUUGAACCCCGAGAGCUUGAAAGGAUUUCGGGAGUGGCAGGCCUCUCAGUUACACUUUUACUGUGCUUCUUGUUGCUAUAUUCAUCAUUGCUUGUUUCCUUUUACUGUACCCUACUCCACUUCUAGAAAAAGAUCAAGCAAAAGCUAUACACCCAAAAUUAUAAGCUCAUUGCAAUGUUUAUCAUCAUUUUUUGUUUUUCUUGCAAUCGACACCCUGAUUUGA